GAAGCCGCUGCCUCCCGGGAGCCGGCAGUGCGCUCCGGCCCCGCACCAGACGCCCGUCGCCCGCAGCCCCUAUCGCGCGGCCCGCGCCCCGCCGGCUCCCGUCACUGGGUAAGAGAAGACUGGAAGCAUGUCGGAGUUUUGGUUAAUUUCUGCCCCUGGCGAUAAGGAAAAUUUGCAAGCUCUGGAGAGGAUGAAUACUGUAACCUCCAAGUCCAACCUGUCUUAUAAUACCAAAUUCGCUAUUCCUGACUUCAAGGUGGGGACCUUGGAUUCCCUGGUUGGCCUCUCUGAUGAGUUGGGGAAACUCGACACCUUUGCUGAAAGCCUCAUAAGGAGAAUGGCUCAGAGCGUGGUGGAAGUCAUGGAGGACUCAAAGGGGAAGGUCCAGGAGCACCUCCUGGCAAACGGAGGCUUGAAAGAAAAAAUGAAAUGUUUAAAGAUUGACUUAACAUCCUUUGUGACCCACUUUGAAUGGGACAUGGCCAAAUAUCCUGCCAAGCAGCCGCUUGUGAGUGUGGUGGACGCAAUAGCCAAGCAACUGGCGCAGAUCGAGAUGGACCUGAAGUCCCGAACGGCCGCCUACAACACUCUGAAGACAAACCUGGAGAACCUGGAAAAGAAAUCCAUGGGGAACCUCUUCACCCGGACACUGAGUGAUAUUGUGAGCAAAGAGGACUUCGUGCUGGAUUCUGAAUAUCUCGUUACACUUCUGGUCAUUGUCCCCAAACCAAACUACUCACAAUGGCAAAAAACCUACGAAUCUCUCUCAGACAUGGUCGUCCCUCGAUCAACCAAACUCAUUACUGAGGACAAGGAAGGGGGCCUUUUCACCGUGACUCUGUUUCGAAAAGUGAUUGAAGAUUUCAAAACCAAGGCCAAAGAAAACAAGUUCACUGUUCGUGAAUUUUACUACGAUGAGAAAGAAAUUAAAAGAGAAAGGGAGGAGAUGGCCAGAUUGCUGUCUGAUAAGAAGCAACAGUAUCAAACUUCCUGUGUUGCUCUUAAAAAGGGAUCAUCCACCUUCCCGGACCACAAGGUUAAGGUAACCCCGCUAGGUAACCCUGAUAGGCCCGCUGCGGGGCAGACCGACAGAGAGAGAGAGAGUGAGGGCGAGGGUGAGGGUCCCCUGCUGCGCUGGCUCAAGGUGAACUUCAGCGAAGCCUUCAUUGCCUGGAUCCACAUCAAGGCCCUGAGAGUGUUUGUGGAGUCCGUGCUCAGGUACGGACUACCAGUGAACUUCCAGGCAGUGCUCCUGCAGCCGCAUAAGAAGUCAUCCACCAAGCGUUUAAGAGAGGUUCUAAACUCUGUCUUCCGACAUCUGGAUGAAGUAGCCGCUGCAAGUAUACUGGAUGCAUCUGUGGAGAUCCCGGGACUGCAACUCAAUAACCAAGAUUAUUUUCCUUAUGUCUACUUCCAUAUUGACCUUAGUCUUCUUGACUAGAAAGGCCAGCUGGCACCUCUGUCUCAUGUUCGUGCAGACUAUUACAGAUGCCUCUUUAGUCAGAGAAUGGUUCAAAUGUCUUACAGAACUAAGAUCUUUUUCAGAGAAAUUGCUCACAAAAGUUAGUGACAGUUGUAUUUAUUUUUUUAAGUUACAAUAAAAUGCUCUCAAGUCCUUCGAAUGUUCUAACAAAUUCAAAACUUCAUUUUCUGAAUGUUUUACAUAAAUGUGAACUACCUGUUCGCAUUGGUAACCUGCUGCUGUAUUUCAUGUCUUAAUGGCUAUUUUGAGGUUCAUGACAACAUAGAAAGCCUUGAACUGUAUAACCAGCUAGAAUCCUUAAUAAUUAGCCACUAGAGACAGCCCAAAGACUAAUAUUGGGCAGGAAAUCAGUUCUCACUGAGCCCAGUUUCCAUGUAAAAUCUCUGUUGUGGUGGGCACAGAUGGCACCAUCUGAAGAAAAGAGGUCCUGUUUUUUGUUUAAAAAAGUUUAUGGGGAGGAAAGACAUCUGUGUAUCACUUCAAAACACUGAUUUACCGCUAAACAUCACUCUGAAUUUAUGAUGUGGAUACUAAUUUCAUACAUUUAUCGGCAUUGUCCAAAAUAUUUUAUUCUUUAAUGGAAAAAGCCAUUAAUAUUCAAAUGAAGGAAUCACAUUAGAAAAACCCAUACAUAAGAAACAGCCUCCAAGAACAUUCAAGCAGCAGUCCAAAAAUGUUUUGACAGCCAAGUUUUCUUCAAAAUAUUAUGUGACAGAAUACGAUUCAAUUCACCAGCUAGAACAAUUCAUAGAAUUUUUCAAUGUUUUCUUGAGAUGCAAAAGUUCACUGUUGCAGUGUUUUCAAAUGACCAAUCAAGUACUACUUCUUGGUUAAAAGGCCACUGGUAGAGUCAUCUGAUUGUAGAGAAUGUCCCUUCACUGCUGGGAAAAUCCACUGGCUCCCAAGAAAAGACAAUGGUCUGAAGCCUCUGUUGUGGCUCUCACAACUCAUCCUUCCCUAAGUCAUCAAGCUCCACAUCGCUGAGGUCAAUGUCAUCCUCCACGGGAAGCUGGGAGACAGAAAGCCACUGUUAGAUCUGCAGAAGGGGACACCCUGGAAGGUCAACAUCUCAUUUUAUAGAAGAGCAACUCGCUAGAGCUACUCCUGCUUACAGUCCAGGUUCUCCUCAGUCUGACUCCUACCCUGACCUUCGUACCUAUGAUUAUACGGAUGGAAAAGCUAAGAACUCAGGUGAAACAUUUCAACAUCACAUCACUCACCACUUUAACACUGGAAGCCAUUGAACAUGUCCUUCUGAGGAGGGUGGGACACAACAGUACAGAAAUAAGUACUAAUUUCAAAGCUAUCAUUUUCUAUUUUUCUAAGAUAAAGUAAAUGAAUUCCAGGUUAAAUAUUCACUUUAAGGUAAUAAUCAGGAAAGCAACCUUACUACUGAAAUCUAUCUUGGCUGUCAAGAGUAUCAAAUGCCAUGCAGCACUUAAACUUGUGAUAAGGAAGAUGAGGGUCUUCAGAGAAGAACCUCUUAAAAGGCCCAUGGGUGCACCAGGGCUGAGGUCUGAUGGAAAGGACUUGACUCCAGGUGCAGAGAUGCACAGGCUCAAGAGAGUAAACCAUGACUGCUGCCCGCACAGCCUCCCUCCCGGGCACUCACCUCGCCAUCCCUGCCGUCCCAAGGCUCUCUCUCAACGAUGGCAGGGAAAGCCCCGCCUCCUACAGGUGCUGUGGAGCCACGCCCAAAAGAGAGCUCCCUUAGGGAAAAAUGACCAACACACACACACACAUUUACAAAGGACUACUGGUGCAGAAGAAUAAACAACUUUAAAAAUAACA